UCGUUUCUUCUUCUUUCUCUGUUUCAUUUUAUUAAGCAAUCUAGCUAGUUAAUGGCUACUUCUGCAUAAGAACAUCACACAAACAAAGGGGAGAUGAAGUCUUCAACAAUUCAAAACCAAACCGAGCAAAUGCAGGCAUCAGAAUCUCGGUUUUUCAAGUCUCUUCAGGAACUUAAAGAGUUGAGUUCUCAGCUCCACUAUGCUGCUGAUUACUCGGAAAAAUCCUACCUAAAUGGCGAAGAGAAGAAGAAAAUAGUUUUGAAGAAUACGAAAGACUAUAUAUGCAAGGCCUUAGUGACUGUUAUUGACCAUGUUGGAUGUGUUUCCACCAAUUUGGAUUUCGAGCUAUCAAAGGAAACUGCGAUUUCUGAAGCUGAGUUUGGAAUUGUCUGCUUGAAUCAAAGGCUUAUCACAUUGCAACAAUAUUUUCACAAGCUUGAAACGAUGAAACAUAGCUGGAUCAACACUUCUCCAAGAUAUCAUUCUCGAUAUAUAGUUCCUCCAAUGCAGGAGGAUCUUGAUAAACCAAAUGAUAUGGGUUUUUUCCAUGUUCAUAACGGAAAUUCAAACAAACUUAAGAAAUCUAUCCGUUAUCGUCUAGAAGCUGCUAAGGAAUUUGAAGCAAAUGAGGUGCCACUUUUCUUGUACACAGUUAAUAUGAAGAAGACAUGUCUUUCUAAACAUUCAAGCUUGGACUCAAAUGAUCCAACUUUGACUCAACCAAUGUUGCCCGUUCGGGAUAGCCUAUCAUCAUCUUCUUUUGCCAAAAAUCGAACUCCUUCCUUCCAUUUUCAGGACUCUUCUCCGACGAGGACUAAACGUAACAUCGUAUCGCUUCUUCUUUUUCGCAAAAACAAAUAAUGAAUUCAAUCAAAUGGGCAUCCAUUUCAUUUCAAUUUUCUACAAAGUCAAUGUAGUAGGAGCGUUUAAUCAAUUUGAAUCUUACAUCCGUUCUGACAACAUAUUUUGAAACGAAAAACAAUAUAUAUGGAUGUAUCUAUUCUAGUAAUCUAACAAUUUAAUUUCGAAUUCGAAAUAUAGGAAUCUAACCAUUUAAUCUAAGUUACAAUGUACA